AUGGGGUAUCAUCUUCCCCGGAUUUUGGCCCCUCAAAGUGGAACGAUCGACUGGCCACGGAUGCGCAAGUUCCUCAAGGACGUAAAGCGUGAUGGCGCCAUACCCUCAGACCACUACAGCCACGAUCACCUCAACGAGCAGAAAGAUAUACCCAUCGAGAAUGAAGCAUUUGUGAAGUGGCAAAAUAUCUUCCAAGAGCUCAGCAGCAAGCCCGGAAACGAAGAUGUGGUAUGGGGUCUGAUCGACGGUUUCUUGCUUUACUGGGAUAAGGAAGUGAUCUCCAACCUCGACGUGCGCAUCUUCCUGCGGGUCUCUCACGACGUGCUGAAGCAGCGGCGACACGAGCGACACGGCUAUCAUACUGCAGUGCAAUCCGACCCAGAGGGGACGUUAUGGCGGGACCCGCCCGGGUACUGGGAGCAGAUCGUGUGGCCUGCGUACGAGGAUGCGCACCGGGACGUGUUCGAAGAUGGGAACCUGGAGACGGGUCGGCCGACGGGCAAGGUGCAGGACCUUGUGCUGUUCGAGAACGAAAAGAUGAGCAUGACGGAUGUGGUGGGUGUGUGUUGCGAGGUGCUGCAGAAGAAGUUGCAGGGAUCAAACAUAUGAUUCCUGUUGUUGAUGUAUCGAAUUUGUAUUGCGAAAUUCCAUAUGUGCCUCUCCGGCAGUUGAAC